GCUCGAGCUCUUGGACGCAUCGAGGCCGCCAUCGAUUUCCCGAUUUCGCUCGCUUCAAGCCGCCUCCUCGCCUCCUAGAAUCUUCGGGGCGAGAGCGCCGCGCGACGCACCGAACCGAACGCCACCGGCCAUCGCUUCCCAAUCCGUGCUGUACCUCCCGCUCCUAAACCCUAGCCGUCCUCCUCGCCGCCGGCGACCACCGCUAUGAGCCGCUUCGACGGCCGCGCCGCGGACCCGGGCUCCUACCGCGACCGCCGCAGCGAGGGGGCGUUCGGGGGCGGGUCGAGGGCGUUCGCGGCGCCGAGUAAAGGGGAUGCUUCUGCGGCGGCGGAGCUGGAUGGGCUGCCGCGGUUCGAGAAGAACUUCUACGUGGAGUCGCCCGCGGUGGCCGGCAUGACGGAGGACGAGGUGGAGGCGUACCGCCGCCGCCGGGAGAUCACCGUCGAGGGCCGCGAUGUGCCCAAGCCGGUGCGCGACUUCCGUGAUGUUGGCUUCCCAGAAUAUGUGUUGCAAGAAAUCACAAAAGCUGGCUUUGUGGAACCUACUCCUAUCCAAUCGCAGGGUUGGCCAAUGGCUCUUAGGGGUCGUGACCUUAUUGGCAUUGCAGAGACAGGAUCAGGGAAAACUCUUGCUUACCUUUUACCUGCCAUUGUUCAUGUGAAUGCUCAGCCUAUUCUUGCUCCUGGUGAUGGUCCAAUCGUCUUGGUGUUAGCUCCUACACGUGAGCUUGCUGUUCAGAUACAGCAAGAGGCAACCAAAUUUGGUGCAUCAUCGAAGAUAAAAAGUACUUGCAUCUAUGGCGGUGUGCCAAAAGGUCCACAAGUUCGUGAUCUCCAAAAAGGUGUUGAAAUUGUUAUAGCCACACCAGGACGACUAAUUGAUAUGAUAGAAUCACAUCAUACAAACUUGCGAAGGGUCACAUAUCUUGUUCUAGAUGAAGCUGACCGGAUGCUGGACAUGGGCUUUGAACCUCAGAUUAAGAAAAUUGUUUCUCAGAUUCGUCCAGAUCGCCAGACACUAUACUGGAGUGCUACGUGGCCGAAAGAAGUUGAGCAGCUAGCAAGGAAUUUCCUUUUUGACCCAUACAAGGUCACUAUUGGUUCUGAAGAGUUGAAGGCUAAUCAUGCCAUUGCACAGCAUGUGGAGAUAUUAUCUGAGAGUCAGAAGUAUAACAAGCUGGUAAAUCUACUGGAGGAUAUAAUGGAUGGCAGCCGAAUUUUAAUAUUUAUGGACACCAAGAAGGGAUGCGAUCAUAUUACUAGACAACUUCGAAUGGAUGGUUGGCCUGCUUUGUCUAUCCAUGGUGACAAGAGCCAAGCAGAACGAGAUUGGGUCCUUUCUGAAUUUAAGUCAGGCAAAAGUCCUAUUAUGACAGCCACUGAUGUCGCUGCUCGGGGCUUAGAUGUCAAGGAUGUAAAAUAUGUUAUUAACUAUGACUUUCCGGGAUCGCUCGAGGAUUAUGUUCAUCGUAUUGGUCGAACUGGCAGAGCCGGCGCAAAAGGAACAGCUUACACCUUUUUCACCGCAGCUAACGCCAGAUUUGCCAAGGAACUUAUCAAUAUUCUAGAAGAAGCUAGACAAAAGGUCAGCUCUGAAUUAGCUGCUAUGGGUCGUGGGGCACCACCUCCUUCUUCAGGUUACCGUGAUAGAUAUAGGGGUUAUGGGGCUGGCCGACAAUGGAGUUGACAUUCAAAUACUUAGUUGAAGCUAAGAGUAAUGCUUUAGUUUGUUUGUGGAUGGCUAUGUUGUUCUGGCUCCCUGAACAUUUUGACUAGUAUUCAGUAAAGAUGGAUUCAUAAACUCUUGGGUACUAACUUGGUCUCAAUACUAGAGAAGUGGCAUAAUGUGAUGCAUUUAAUUUCA